UUCCCCUUUCUACACACUUCCGUCAACAAUUCUCUAUUUCUUCUAAGCCCAGUUUCAGCUGUAAAAUAACUGAAAGCUUGGGAUUAUGGCUGCAACGCUAAUGGCGGCAACUGCAAGCUCCAGCACUGUUCUCAGGCCAACUCCGUUUCUUGGCCAAACCAGGGGUGCCAACGCUAACCCUCUUAGAGAUGUUGUCGCUUUGGGAACUGGGAAAUACACCAUGGGGAAUGAUCUGUGGUACGGUCCAGACAGAGUGAAGUACUUGGGACCCUUUUCAGCUCAGACUCCAUCAUACUUGACCGGAGAAUUUCCCGGUGAUUAUGGCUGGGACACUGCUGGGUUAUCUGCUGACCCUGAAGCCUUUGCAAAGAACAGGGCUCUUGAGGUGAUCCAUGGCCGAUGGGCUAUGCUUGGAGCACUGGGCUGCAUCACUCCAGAAGUGCUUGAGAAAUGGGUUAAAGUAGACUUCAAGGAACCAGUAUGGUUCAAAGCAGGAGCUCAAAUCUUCUCAGAAGGUGGCCUUGACUACCUGGGCAAUCCUAACCUUGUUCAUGCCCAAAGCAUCCUAGCAGUGCUUGGCUUCCAAGUCAUCCUCAUGGGCCUCGUUGAGGGAUUCCGCAUCAACGGCCUUCCCGGAGUCGGAGAGGGUAACGACCUCUAUCCCGGCGGCCAAUACUUCGACCCUCUUGGUCUUGCUGACGACCCUGUCACAUUUGCUGAGCUGAAGGUGAAGGAGAUAAAGAACGGCCGGCUAGCCAUGUUCUCCAUGUUUGGCUUCUUUGUCCAAGCCAUUGUCACCGGCAAGGGCCCCCUGGAGAACCUCUUGGACCAUCUUGACAACCCUGUCGCCAACAACGCAUGGGUCUAUGCCACCAAGUUCGUGCCCGGAUCUUAAGUUGAGCUCCAGUCCUUUGAUCUUGUUUCAUGUCAAUGAAAUAGAAGGGGAAGUCCAUGUGUAGUUACUGUAAUUUUAGACUUCAAAAACUUCUUGUUUGUAUUGGUGUGAUCCAACGGUAGCUAUUGAUUUUCA